CGGUCGAUACGAAAGUUCACAAUUUUCAUGAUUUUCGAAUGUUUUGACGAAAGUUCUUAGUGUAAUAGCGUUGACAUGGCUUUGAUUCUCACGGAAACUGCUAGCAUCAAGAAAGCAGUCGGGCUUAUAAAUGAGCUUGAUUCCUCAAAGUUCCCUCGACUUCUACAAAGAAUUAUUCAGAAACUUCAUCUUAGGGAUGAACAUUCCUUCACCGAGGAUGAAGAAGAGAAAUUAGAAGAUGCUCUUGGGAUGGAAAGGAAUGAUUUAGAACUUGUUUUAGAAACUACUGCUUUUAUUCUUGAACAGGCAGCGUAUCAUUUGACCAAACCAGCCAAUCUUUCUCAACAACUCCAGAGCAUACAUCUCAAUGAAGAAAAGGUGUCUUUAUUUGCCAAAGCUUGGACAUCACUUGGGAAAGAUGUUGUGGAGAAACUUAGAAAACGGUCACUUUCUCCUAAUCAACUGACAGAUGUGAAUUGGAGAUUGAAUCUUCAGAUGUCACAGCAGAACCAAACCAAGCUUAAAAUGCCAAACGCUUUGAUAGAACUAGGAAUAACUACUGAUCAUGGAGAUAAGGAUAGGAUACGAAUCGAGUUUACUCAUGAAGAACUAUUUUCAUUCUAUAAUCAGUUGGAAACCAUUCAAGGUCAGUUAGAUGCUCUGAGCUGAUGACAGCGUAGAUAUUCAUCAGAGACGCAAUCAAAUUAUUCCAGUUUAGAGUUAUUGGUCUGUAUUCCUAAUCAUGGUUUGAUUUAAACCUUGGUCUAAGUCAGUGCUAUGAAGCCAAAAAUACUAAAACUGUAUUAACAUUGUACACUUCCUACAUGUAUUUUAUUCCUUUUUGAAAAGUUAAAUGGUGAAGAAAAUUAUUUUAGUUAUCAUUCCCAAACAGUUAUGAUGAAUUAGAAAUUAAUGUGGUGUCAAAUUGAAUGCCUACUGAUUUUUGACACAAUUGGCCAUCCAUAGUUGAAUCAUGACUUUAGACCAGGGGUUAAAUUAAACUUGAGUUCAGAAUACAGGCCAGACUCGUAAUGAUCGUUUUUGUGUGUGCAAUCUUGAGGAUAUGAGCAUAAUACUAGUGUUUGCUUCAUACACAUGAGCAAUCAUAAGUAAAGCUUGUUCCUUUGCACUUGCAUACAAAUGUGGGGGGGGGGCUGUGGGGUUCUUGCCCCCUCCCCCAAGUUUCACGUCCAAGAAAACUAAAGAGAAAAGGAAAGAGAGAAGGGUGAAAUAUAAUAUUUUCUGAAUAUAUCAAAAUUUAUCUCAACAUUGGAUUUUUGCUGGCUUGCCUGCAAAUUUGUUUAAAUUUUAUGUGAUACACCAGAUGUAGCCCCCUCAAAAUUCCCUGGGUCAUUGUGCCAGUGAUACCUUGCAAAUACAUGGCACAAAAGUGAUAACUUCAUGAUCAAGCAUUUACCAAAAAAUCCAAAUUUUUGCUUGCAUUCUAGAGCAUUUUUCAAGCCAAGUCGUACAUGUACAUACCACUUGACAUGUACAUACCACUCAUGUUUAAUAGUUUAGACUGGAAUACAAUGAUAUGUGACCAAUGGUCUUUAGAAGAUUUAUAAGACCUUUGACCGAGAUGAUCAAUUAAAAUGAUGACUAUAAUUACUCUUGCUAUGAGCAUCUCUCGUGUAUUACGAGUGUCAGAUGAUGGUACGUAUGGUUAAUGUCAGCCAAUUUAAGUUUUUUGAGUAUCAUAGGAACACCACUCUUUCACUUUAUGCGUGGGGUAUAUUGCAUUUAACCCUGAACCAAAUAAGAGGUGGCAAGUUUGACCCUCUCCCACAUUAAAUUCAUGUUAGUCACCCAACUUCCCUACACUGCAGUGCUUAUGUGUCCUGCCUAUACGAAGUUGGGUAAUGCCACAUGUGUGUUAUUGGGGGAUGAUGGGGUUAAACGUCAUCCAGGUGUCAAAAGACCAAGUUUUUUUUCAAAUUGUGCUUAUUCCUUUAAUAUUUCUGCAUCAGUUGUGUUUACACUUGUUACAAAUGAUCCUUAGGUAAUACCACAUGUGUGUUCAUCAGCAUGAUGGGUCAAAGUUCAUCUCGGGAUCAAAAGAUCAUAUUGCAGAUUUUAUUGAUUGCGAAAUCAGCCAAGACUCGUGAUUCAUGAACCAUCUUGUUUUUGUAAUUAUCGUGCAUAUUUUGGUACCAAGUUCAUGAUAUUGUGCAAACGUUUGCAGGUUCGGGGCUCAAUUGUAAUUGCCAUAUCCCUGCAACCACUUGUUUGAUUAUCAUAAACUUUCUACCAAAACAUGGACAGACUUGAAACACGGCAUGUCAUGACGUUUAGUUUUUGCAAAUUUUUUGAAUUCCCAUAGUGAAGUUUUAAAGCACAAUAUAGCUGUUUUCUGAAUCCGGGGAUGAAUCAUGCAGUGCUGGUUGGGUAUAAACUUUUACCUCAUUUAAUGCUUAUAGUAGAAGCAAUUAAAUUCAUAGUAAUGAAUUUAAUUUUGCCAAUAGGAAUCACUUCAUGAUGUCUGACAAUUCAUUUGGAGUACCCGAUCAAUUCAGACUGCUUCAAUAUUUUCAUUUAUACUAUAGAUAUAUCAUGCUCAUUUAUUUUAUUAGACAUCUAUCAAUUCUUGCCCAUGUUUUUGAGGUAUAUCAUCACUUGGUCCAUACCCAAUUUGUCUAUUUGUCCAAUGCUGAUGUGCGCUUUUGUCACAGUGCGCCAAAUUGACGCCUGUUGCCAUGGUUAAAUACGCUAUUUUAUUCUGGAGUCCACUGUUUGAAAAGCAGACUCAUUAAUUCAAAACAGUGGACUCAUGAAUAAAAAACGUGGAUAACCACGUCAACAGGCGUCAUUUUGGCGCACUUUGACAAAAGCGCACAUCAGAAUCUGACCUUUUUUAAUUAAUAUA